AUGACUCUUUCUUCCGAACGAGCAAGCUCCCCCAUCGCCGGCUGGUUCCGGUCAUGCUGGGGAUGUCUCUCGGGCCUGGAGCCUCGAGAUCAACAGAACGAGCAAACACAUUCAAGAGGUUUCGAGCGAGAGAUGCAGCCCGGGUUCCCGCCUCAGUCUCGCAGCUCCUUGUCAUUAUGGAUUGAAGACAGGCGCCAGAAUGCCUCUCGCACAUCUAAACGCGCAAGCAUGUCCUGGAAAAAGCCGCCACCGACACCUUUGAAGAUCGGCAAUCCGUCAGACUUUCGCCGAGUGCAAUCAUUUCAAUUGGAACCAACACCAACGGAAUCCUCUCUCUUUCAGCCCCUUCAGCUCAGCAUACAUCGAAUCAGUAAUCGUCUGUCUGCUCUCCCAUCGUUUGAAUCUUUCUGUCUGGGGGCCGACUCUCAAGAUGAGACGCCUGCACUUUCUACCGUGAAUCCCCAUUCUAGACGCGCAUCAGGCGAUGUACGCUUCUCCAUUUCCCGGAAACCCCUUGGUUCAAUAGCUCGCCGAACAUCGACAACGUCAGGAACGCCAAUCAGUAUGCUGCCCCCUGCUCACUUGAACGACACUCUGGUUCCGCACUUUUCCACACUUGGUUCACCUGGGCUAUCUGCGCGUGCGCUUUCGCUUCCAGAGACUGGUCAUUACUUCCCGAGUCCCGGCAGUCGUGACUCUUGUAUCACCGGGUCUUAUGGUACCUCUGUAACGCAAAAUCAUGCCAUGGUGAUAGAAGGAAUGGGUUCAAUUCGCGAGAGCACCAGAAGAGCCCAGCACGUGGCGAACCAAAUGACUGAAAAAUCCACCAUGAACGACCAACCGGGUUCUCAAGGAUCUUUCUCUUCUAGCAGCACACGCACUUUCCCAUCCCGCCUGUCCUCUUUACGUCGCCCUUCAACGGGUGACAAUCAGAUCGACAUCGCAUCAGAGCCACUUCCCAGCAAAAAGCAUCAGUGGAACUACCACGAACAGUCCAUUCCAGCUGGAGCCGAAUCCAUCUCAUGCUUAGACGGAGACAAUGCCAAAUUCGACAGAUUUCGCAGUCUGAGCGGAACCACGUUUGGCUCACCACUCGCCACUCCGACUGCAAAAUUCUUCGAGCACAGAGCGAAAGAUUCAAUCUCAAGCACCUCGAUGGGCGGUAUAACUCCUCAGUGCUCUUCUCACAAUCUUUCCCUCACGUCAGAAAAAUUUAUUGAGGCGGGUUUCUCUGAUAGGGGUUUUGUUGAGCCUCAACCCCAGCAGUGUCCUCCAUCCCCCUACUAUGCCGAAGAAGCAUCCCACUAUCGAAGCUCUGCGAUUGGAAUAGCUUUCUAG